UUUUGGCUUUGGGAUGCAAAAUUUGCUUGAUUUAGAGUAAUUCCACUUUAUAUAGCUAAUUCAAAACUCUUUCAAAUGACAUAUAGCCACCUACAGUACCAAAUAAAGUCAUGAUAUAUCAGCUGUGUAAGAAUGGGUUUCAACCACAGAAGUUCGAACUGUAGUUUUGCCGAAUGACUAAAAAGUUAUCAACAUGAUGGUAAAAAACUGUACAUUCUAGUCAAACCAUUCUUCUGCAAUAUUACACCAAAAACGGAAAUUAGGGCAGUAUUAAUAGCUAAAAAUGUGGGAGAGCAUAAAUAUUUUGUGAUUGUAUUGUAUUGCAAUAUGGAGCAAUUAAAUAUUGAAUAUUGAUGUUAAAUCAAAAGUAUUUCCACACACCAGGCCCUCAUCUGCCUUUGGAAUUUGUGUGAGCCUUCUUUGGUGGAAAAGACAUAUAAACAAAUGCAUUUGAUAAUUUUCAUUCCUACAGCUGCAAUAUAUCUGGUUUACCACUACAGCACAUAUCAUUUAGCUGCAUUAAACUUGCACUUUAGUGAGGUAUAAUGAAUAGAUGAAAAGUGGUGCAGGGGUGUACAAAAUUAGCUGACAAAGCAAACACUUUCAACAUUUAGGAAGUUCAUUUAUUAACUUUUUGUUUAAGUAUUUAUUAAGAGCUUAGUACUGUCGCCUUACAGCAAGAAAGAGUUUCCUCCGGAUGCUCUGGUUUCCCCCACAUGCACUAUAGGUGAACUAAAUAAACUAAAUUGGCAUGUGUGUGUGCGUGCGUGCGUGCGUGUGUGCGCGUGCGUGCGUGUGCGUGCGUGUGGGUGUGAGAGAGAGAGAGAAUGGGGAGUGGAUGGGUGUUUUCCAGUACUGGGUUGAGGCUGGAAGGGCAUCCGCUGCAUAACACAUAUACCAGAAUUGUUGGUGGUUCAUUCCUCUGUGGCGACCCCUGAUAAAUAAGGGACUAAGUCGAAGGAAAAUGAAUGAAUAAAAUAUUUAUUAACAGCAUUAAAUAUUGUGGCCAUUAUAAAUGACUAACAAAUUGAGUAAAUCCUCAGUGUAAAUCAAGUGCAAUACUCACGAAAAGAUGGAAGUGGGGCUCAGUCUUUAGCUCAAUAAGUUUUAAAGCCACAUCAGGGAGAUUAUGUGGUAAAUUAUGUAGUAUUUUUUUUUUUCAAUGAACCUAUCCCUUUAAACUGGCUGACAGGAGCUGCCACUGAUCACAUGAUCACAAGUGGCCAGCCAGUUUAAAGGGAUAGUAUAUAGUUAUUGUAAAUAGUUCACUCCAAAAAAAAUUACCUAACCAUUUACUCUCCCUUAUGUGGUUUUAAACUUUUAUGAGUUACUUUUUUCUGUUGGACACAAAAUAAGUUAUUCUGAAGAAUGGUGGUCUUUGAAGACUCAUCGACUUCCAUUGUAGGAAGAAACGCCACUGGCCUCCAGCAACCAGCAUUUUCAAAAUAUCUUCUUACGUGUUAAGCUGAAGAAAUAAACUCUUGGGUGAGUAAAUAAUGACAGUUGUCAUUUUGACGUUUAAGAUUGAGCUCUACACACAAACAAAACUAUGACAAAGCAUGACUUGCAAGAUAAGUACAAUCCAAUAAUUGCAUUUGACCCAUAAAAGUGGGUGGGAUUGGCUGUAUUUUGGCGGGCAUCAUACUUGUCACUACUUUCACUUUCAAUUUGUUCCGCUAAUCGUCUGAACAGUCGAACUGCGUUGAUUUAUCCACAAACUAGCACUUUGUAAAACAGACUUCAUUGAUUCACUGGGGAUCAUUUCUGGACGUCAGUGUCGUAAUCGAUUCCGAGAGCAGCAUGGACUCUGACAGCGAUAGUUAUGAAGAAAUGGAAGGUGGACGAAGGAAAAUGCCGGAACGAACGUGCAAGAAGGAACCUAUCAAAGAAGUGUCGUUCCUGUCUGGGUCUGAAUCAGAAUUUUGUCCAGACAGCAGCAUGGCAUCUGACAGUGAGAAUUAUGAAAAAUAUGAAGAAAGGGAAGAUGAAAGAAGGAAAGUGGCGGAUCGAUUGUGCAAGAAGGGACCAUCUAGAGACUACAGACCGAACCAAAAAAGAACUAAAAACCAACUUCCUGUCACUUGUGGGGAAAAGGAAGGCAUCCUGUAUUUGCUCAAAUAUAAUAAGGUGCAGCCAUGCAUCUUAAGUGAGGGCCAGUGGUUCACGCCUACUGAGUUUGAGAGGUUUGGAAAGAAGGAGAGGAACAAAAAGUGGAAGAUCAGCAUCUUUUAUUAUGGUAUUCCACUGCAGACAUUCAUAGAGGAUGGGCUUCUUUCAUCUCCAAAUUUCCGGUUUCAGACUGAUCAGAAACAGGACGGGGGAGAGCUGUCCUUCUCUGACUCUGAUUCACCCGAACACCACACUGAUGGUCCAGAGCCUGCAGGGUCUUCUGUCAUAGAGGAGGCUGAUCAGACUAGUGAAGAACAAGAAGGAGCAGCAGAUCCAAUGAAUGAAUGCCAGAACCCUAUAGAUUCACAAGAGACUCGGAAAACAGACCAGAUGCAGUUAUUUGAACUUCUGGCUAAACGGUUUAAUACCAUGAACAGUGCCCUAAAAUCAGUAGAUUCGUCUUUAAAGACGUUUAUGAAAAAAUAAAUAUAAGACUGCUGUCAUAGAAAAUCCUUACCAUUGCAUUUAUUAUAUGCAUAUUUUCAAACUCCUAGUUGUAUAAACAGGAAUGCUUAUUGUGUUAAAGCUGUUGUUUGUGUCAUGACGUCACUCACUGUUUGUUUCCUGGAGUCUGGUAGAUCUGCCUGAUCCAUCAAGCUUUAUUCUAAUAUAAUUUCCAGCCUUAUUUAGUUUAAGUCUUACUUUAUUAUGCCUUUUCUUUCUUUGUGUUUGUUCGUCUUAAUGUUGCAUAUUUGUUGGAGAACGUGAGUUUUGAUUUUUUUAUUUGUUCUUGUUUAAUUUUUUUUGUUUUAUUAAAUGUAUUUGUUUUGCUGAAA